AUGGACAUUCUCAGCGACAUUCAGGAUGUUGCUGUUAUCAUAUCAAACCAUAACCGGAAGACAAUAGACACAAUGACAAUUGCUAAGGGAGUUGUGCGUGUAUCAAAUGAACUAGGGAGAGGAAAUGCCAGAGCUGCAGUGUUCUCUGUUAAAGUCAUCGUCUCCUAUUCGUUGUCAAUAGGAGUGCUGUUCUGGGUACUAUUUCUAGCCUUUGGACAUGAGAUUGCGCAUCUGGUUUCUAGUGACGAAGCAGUUGCGGAAGCCAUGUCUGGCCUUACCGUUCUACUUGCGUUCUCAUUCUUGCUCAAUGGUGUACAACCAGUACUUAUAGGUGUCGCCAUCGGUGCCGGUUUACAACGUGUGGCUGCUAUCAUAAACAUCUGCUGCUAUUAUUUGGUUGGAGUACCAAUAGGAGCAUUACUCGGAUAUGUGGCUCAUCUGGAAAUUAAGGGCCUGUGGGUCGGAUUGCAAUUUGGAAUACUAGUGCAGACAUUGGCGCUUUUGUUCCUCAUGUGGAGAACCAACUGGGAAGAACAGGUCAAUGAAGCAUCUAAACGUCUCGAUCAGUGGCUUUUGGAAUUACCAGAUGGACCUGCCGAUGAGAGUUCGAGUCAUGCUUGA